AUGUCCAUACCUAUUUUGGGUUAUUGGAAUGUUCGUGGACUUGCUGAACCAAUUCGAUACCUUCUACAUUACAAGAAUGUAGAGUUUGUGAACAAGAUUUACGUUCUCAGAGAGAAAGAUUGGCAAAAAGAUAAAUUCGCUCUCGGUUUAGAUUUUCCAAAUUUGCCCUACUACAUUGAAGGUGAUAUCAAAAUCAGCCAAAGCACUGCAAUUUUGAGAUAUUUGGCGCGGAAAUAUGAUUUGGCUGGAAAAGACGAGCGCCAAAAGGUAUUUGUGUCAAUGGUAGAGCAGCAACUGAUUGACUUACGUUUUAAUUUAUUUCUAUUAAUUUUGAAAGGUGAAACUGAAUCUGAAAAAACCGAAUUCAUUAAUAAUAUUCCGAAUCACCUGAAGCAGUGGGAAAAAUUCUUUGGAAAUAAAGAAUUUCUCAUGGGUGAUAAUUUAACUUAUGUUGAUUUUAUUGCAUACGAGACUUUCGAUGUUUACGGAAGAUUUUAUUCUGAUGUUUUAAAAGGUUUUAGUGUUCUUCAAGAUUUUCAAAACCGAAUUGAAACCUUACCGGAAUUGCAAGAAUAUUUUAACUCCUCUACACAUAAGCAACCUGUUGCUGGCAUUGAUUUCAAGUUUGGUUAG